AUGGAAGAUCAGAAACUGUACGAGCAAGCAUUGAGAGGAUUUAGAAAAGUUUACGGAAUGAGAAAUAAUUUUACGGAUCCACUCGCAACAUGGCAACUUGUGGGUCCGCCGAGUCGAAAGUUUUCCAUGAAAGAAAAACUUACAGCAGUGAAAUACAGCGAGUUUCCACUAGGCACAAACGGAUCUCCUGUUGAUUUGGAAGACAAUAUACGAGGUCAUAUUCGGAUUAUGAUAAGACAGGGAUGGAAAGAUUAUUCUUUCAAUCAAUACGUUAGUGAUCUUAUACCCAUCAAUCGCACUUUGCUAGAUUAUAGAGACGACUGGUGUAAACAAAAAAAUUAUUCAAAUAAUCUACCUGAAGCCUCUGUGGUUAUUUGUUUUUAUAAUGAAGCCUGGUCCGUACUUUUGCGAACAAUUGAUUCAGUCCUACAAAGGACCCCCGCUCAUCUUCUGAAAGAAAUAAUUCUCUUUGACGAUUUUUCAACUAUGGACCAUUUAAAGGAGAACCUAGAGAACUACGUUAGAACGUUAACUAAGGUUACAUUAAUCCGUGCCAGCCGCAGGAAAGGCUUAAUACGAGCAAGGAUUUUGGGGACAAAAUACGCCACUGGCCCCGUAGUGGUAUUUCUUGACAGUCAUUGCGAAUGUACUACAGGCUGGAUUGAACCCCUAUUGGAUCGAAUAAAACUGAACUCUGCAACUGUAGUUAGCCCAGCUGUUGGCCACAUAGAUCCUGCAACCUUCGAAUUUAUACCACAGACCUCAAAAUACCUUCAAAUUGGCGGAUUCGAAUGGGACCUCAAAUACAUUUGGCGGCCCUUAUUAAAAACCCGGAAAAUACCCUCAGCACCAAUAAAAACGCCCACUAUAUCUGGAGGAUUAUUCGCAAUCAACAGAGAUUUUUUCAAAAAAAUCGGCUAUUUCGACCAAGGCUAUAGAAUUUGGGGUGCUGAGAAUUUGGAGUUAUCGUUCAAGACUUGGAUGUGUGGCGGGUCCCUGGAAAUAGUUCCGUGCUCACAUGUGGGACAUGUUUUUAGAAAGACGUUCCCGUAUAAAUUUGCGAAGCGAUCACACAGGCGAAAUGCAUUGAGACUAGCCGAGGUGUGGCUGGAUGAUUAUGCAAAAUAUUAUUAUCAAAGGAUCGGGGGAGUACGUGAAGAUUUCGGUGAUGUAACAAAGCAGAAAGAAUUGCGAGAAAAAUUGAAAUGUAAAUCAUUUGAAUGGUACCUGCAUAAUGUUUACCCAGACAUAAAAUUGCCUGACGUAAAUGUUGCUUAUGGGCAGGUAUGA